CCGCCGCCCGCUCCGGCGCCGCAGCCCGGGAGCCGGCCACCCCCGCGCGCGCCAACCCUCCCGCCAGCGCUCCCCUCUUCGACCCCCGCCCGGCGCUGCGGGCCCAACCCUCGGCUCCCGCCCCCAGCCCGAGCCCGCCUCCCGGGCGGCCCUCGGAUCGGGCUGCCCGCGCAGGCCCCCACCCCGGGAGCACCAUGUUCCCCCGCCCGCUGACCCCGCUGGCAGCCCCAAAUGGCGCCGAGCCCCUGGGCCGGGCGCUGAGGCGGCCCCCACUGGGCAGGGCCCGGGCGGGGUUGGGGGGGCCGCCCCUGCUGCUGCCGUCCAUGCUGAUGUUCGCGGUGAUCGUGGCCUCCAGCGGGCUGCUGCUCAUGAUCGAGCGGGGCAUCCUGGCCGAGAUGAAGCCCCUUCCCCUGCACCCUCCAAAUCGCGAGGGUGUGGCCUGGCGCGGGACAGUCCUCAGGCCUGGGAGGCUGUCCCUGGAUGCUGGGGACUCGGACUUGCAGGUGAGGCAGGACGUCCGGAAUCGGACCUUGCGGGCAGUGUGCGGACAACCAGGCAUGCCGCGGGACCCCUGGGACUUGCCAGUGGGGCAGCGGCGCACCCUGCUACGCCACAUCCUCGUGAGUGACCGCUACCGCUUCCUGUACUGCUACGUCCCCAAGGUGGCUUGCUCUAACUGGAAGCGGGUGCUGAAGGUGCUGGCCGGCGUCCUGGACAGCGUGGACGUCCGCCUCAAGAUGGACCACCGCAAUGAUCUGGUGUUCCUAGCAGACCUGCGGCCUGAGGAGAUUCGCUACCGCCUGCAGCACUACUUCAAGUUCCUGUUUGUGCGGGACCCCUUGGAGCGCCUCCUCUCUGCUUACCGCAACAAGUUUGGCGAGAUCCGAGAGUACCAACAGCGCUAUGGCGCUGAGAUCGUGCGGCGGUACAGGGCUGGAGCGGGCCCCAGCCCCGCAGGGGAUGAUGUCACCUUCCCGGAGUUUCUGAGAUACCUGGUGGACGAGGACCCUGAGCGCAUGAAUGAGCAUUGGAUGCCCGUGUACCACCUGUGCCAGCCUUGUGCGGUGCGCUAUGACUUUGUAGGCUCCUAUGAGAGGCUGGAGGCUGAUGCCAACCAGGUGCUGGAGUGGGUGCAGGCACCACCCCAUGUGCGAUUCCCAGCUCGCCAGUCCUGGUACCGGCCGGCCAGCCCUGAAAGCCUGCACUACCACCUGUGCAGUGCUCCCCGGGCCCUGCUGCAGGACGUGCUACCUAAGUACAUCCUGGACUUCUCCCUCUUCGCUUACCCACUGCCUAAUGUCACCAGGGAGGCCUGCCACCAAUGACCAUGGGUAUGGGCCAGCAGCUGUUGGAGACUGAUUUCGACAAUGCCAGCUUUUCGGGUCGCUGCCUGCCAUCCAGAGAAACCUUGGCUCUGGGGUCUGGGGCUUCUCCAGAUGCCUAGAUGCCAAGGAUUUCCUUGUCUAAGGUGGGUGCCCACAGUGGCUCAGUGAACAGGAUUGGACAGGAGGCCUGGUGUCCCCACUGAGGGGAUUCCUUGGGGGCCAGUGUGAUCCUUCUUGCCCUGGCGGGGCCAGACACCAGUUUGCCAGUGAAGCAACAAACACAUCUGUUCUAAAGACCGACUCCAGGCCCCUGGCUGCAGGGAUUAUGCCGUCCACGUGGUCCACCUUAAUUUAAGCUGGGGCCAAACCCAGAGGUGGCACCAAUCAGGAGCACAGCCAGAGCCGGGAGCCCUAUGGUUCUGACUGCCCAUUCAUCCACUCUGUGUGCCUAAGGGCUGGAGUCACACGUGCCUUAUCAAUGACUUCUGUGCCUUUCUGCUUCAGACUGAGAGUUUCCUACACUUGACAAGUAAAGACCCAUUUUUCCAAGGACAGGAAAACUGUCAGGGCCCUUGCCUGGUAGCUCCAGGACCCGGCCCACAGGCAUCCAAAGACCCCUGCGCCUAGCCUCUUCUUGGGGUUCUGCGCACCUCCUCCCUUCCCUCAAGGUUGUGACUGGUUGGUGUAUCUGGUUACCAGUUUUCUGACGCAUUUAUUUAAAAUUUGUACUUUUUGAUAGAACCCUUGUGAAGCCUUUGUUUUAUUAAUAGCUGAAUUUUUAAUAAAGCUGUUUUGUGUACAAA